UUUUUGAGUAUUAAAGAAGGUUUUCAGUGAAAAUUGAAGGUAAAUUCUAGAAUAAGUGAGAAAAAUUUGACCGUUUUUCAUGUUUCAGUAAAUAAAAGAACGUUUUUCAGACAGAGUGAGAAAAAUGACUAAAGGAUAAAUUACUUUUCCGAUCAGAACUUUGCUAUUCUCUUCGAAAACUUUUCUUAUAAAAGUCCAAUCAUUUUCCAAUUGGACCGAGAAACACAUUUUGGCACACAAAGUGUAGACAAUUGCGCCGAGAGUUCCCAUCUCUAGCGAGAGAGAGACGAGAGCAAUUGAUUUAAAAAUCAAUACCUCGGCUCUUCGUGGUAUAAUUCCACUUCAUUCGCUGAACUUGUGUCACGGCGAGCAGCUCGCAAGUCGCGUGGUUGUCCCGGAAGAGUGUCUCAGCAUCCCAGAAAGACUGUAUUUUUUGUGCUGGCUGCGAAGCAUGCCCGGCUGCGGAAGGUAGUGAGGCGGAGCAAUGAGCGACAGACGAGACGAUGGCCAGGAGGAGGGCGACUGGGAGUACGCCAAGGAGGGAAUCGCGCUGUGGCUGAACAACAAGCCCGACGAGGCGGAGCAGCAUCUGCACAGGCGAACGGACAAUCUGCAGACCAUGAUUGCCUACACGUUCAUCAACUGCAUGAACGCUGUGAUCUCAUUUGAGAUGGAGAAGAUCGAGCGGGCUCAGCAGGUGUUGCAGAGCGUUGAGCAACGGUGCGGAGGCAAUCAGAACGGAUGGUUUCAGUCCGUGAAGUCUAUCUUCUUCGGCUCCAGCGACGCGCCAAAGUCGCUGGCGCUGCGCCUGGAGACGCAGAUCAUCUUGGCGGACACGCAACUCUGCUCGGCGAUACUCACGUUCCUCACGCAGGAUCUCAGUGGCUACAUGAAGGGCAUCUGGCUGCUGAAGAAGGCCUGGAAUGAGUACCAGCAGACGCACACGGAGCUCGUGAGUCUGUAUGGGCGUCUGAAAGCGCGCAGGAGCACUGAGAAUGCCGUGGCCAGGCGGCCCAAGUACGGAAUUGUGCAGAGCGUGAGUGAGUAUCUGCUGGGCAACGCCUUGUCGGCACGCUUCUUCGAACGGCCAGCCGCCAAGAUGCCGCGGAGCAAAUCCACAGGACACAAUCUCUCCACAGCUGCUCCGGUUGGCGCCCAGAAUCCGUCCAACAAUAGUAUUAGCAUGAGAACUAGUCAAUCCGCCGAGUUCACGGCGGCUAAUCCUCUGCCGGACAUCGAUGUGGCCACAGUGGAGCGCCUCAUGGGCGCCGUGAACUUUGGCUAUGGCCUCUUUCAGCUCAGUGUCUCCCUCCUGCCGCCCAACAUUCUCCGCAUGAUCAGCUUCCUGGGCUUCGAGGGCAAUCGCAACACAGGCCGCUCGUGUCUGGAAUACUCGCGCUCCACGGACGACAUCCGAGCGCCACUAGCCACACUGGCGCUCCUCUGGUACCUCACCAUAGGCACCCAAAUCUUCGCGUCCACAGAUCUGAGCACCAGGGACGCUUCUCGGGACGCCGCAGCCAUCCUGGCGCAGACAGACGAGCAGUACGGCUCCUCGUCGCUGCACCUGUUCUUCAAGGGACGCGUGGCGCGCAUGAGGAGCGAGAUCGACAGCGCUCUCGAGUACUUCCAGCAGGCGUAUCGCGUGGCAGCCCAGUCGGAGAUGCGCCUGCUGUGCCUGCACGAGGUGGGCUGGUGCCACUUGAUCCGGCUGGAGUACGACGACGCCAUGGAGGCCUUCCACUGUCUCGGGCACGCCACGCAGUUCUCCAAGAGCUUCUUCAUCUAUCUCGUGGCCAUUUGCCAGGGCGCCAGCGGCAAAUUCGAUGACCUGCCCAUCCUCAGGACUGAGCUACAGCAUCAUCUGCAGGCGACCACGGCCAAGGAGACGGAGAUUCAGCGCUUCCUCUCCGGUCGCCACAGUCGAAUGCCCGAGGAGAGCGACGAAGCCACCUUCUGGCGCUACCUCAUCUUCGAGAUGCUCUUCCUGUGGAACACUCUGGAGAUCUGCAGUCCUGCCGUGCUGGACGCCAUCGCGGACGACUGUGCCAAGCCGCAGGGGACAAUAACAGAGCCUAUUCCGGGCGUUGCGAAGCUGAUCCUCGGCACGUGCCACGAGCUGCGCGGACGACCGUCGGACGCCAUCCAGGCGUACCGCGAGUGCAUCGAGAUUCGCCGGGAAGUGUCCACGGAAUUCCUCCACAUUCCCGCCUUCGCCCAUGUGCGCCUCGCGCUGCUGCUUCUGGCUCACGGCGGCUCGCAGGAGCGCGAGGAGGCACGGAAUCUGCUCAGGAAUGCCCAACAGUUCAAGGGCUACGACUUCGAGUGUCGCCUGAGUGUGCGGAUCAACGCGGCUCUGAAGCAGGUCGGAGCUUGAUCGGCAGCCGUUCUGAUCUGCGCGGGAUGAUCAGUUGUGGUUUCUUCGUUGUGAACUUACACGUGGAAAUUGGCCAGAAAUGCAGGACAGACAGAUAUUUAACACAGUGAUAUUAUUAUGAAUUUCUAGUCAUCCAGAAGCUGCAGAGUUGAAUUCCAAUGUUUUAGAGAAAGUGCGUUAGUUCUAGGUUUUAAAGAUCUGUUAAGUUUGCUCCAAUGAUUUCUUAUGGUUUCAAGAGAAGGAAAAGGGACCAAAAAUGUAUUUAAACAAUUGUAAGUUUCCCUGUAACUGAGAACGUGUUAAUUACCGAAUUACUUUGAGCUGAACGCAGUUUUAUAUCAGUUCCUAAUUGUUUUGUACAGAUAUUUUUGUGUACUUAGAAAAUCACUAGUUUAAUAGAGCGGAAUAGAAGAAGAGUCGAAUUUCAGGGCCAAUUUCCACGAAAACUCGUUGUCUUUACUUAAUGCACUUGAAUUAAUUGUUUAACGUUUAACAUUUAUUAUUGACUUUUGGAGUCAACAAAAAUAUAUCUAUUUUCACUAAAUUCUUUACGAUGCUGUAUGUAUAUUUUCACCAUUGUAACACUGUUUUAGACUCAACACUUACACGUUUUAAAAUACUUUAGGAACUUAUGUACUUAUAAUAAUCCUAUGAAGUGAAGAAGAUGAAAACCUGAGUUGACUUUUUUCUUGAUUGUUAGAUAGAAAAAUAAUUCACGAAGGCUAAUUUGAGAAACAAACCUUAUGAGUAAUAAAUACAUAGAUAAAUACACGACUUUUUG